AUACUGAUAGUCUAGGUCCCCUAAGCCUAAUUUCGAGCAAUGGGUGCAUGUGAAUAGUGUUUGAACUCUUGAGGUUUAAGUUGAAAUACUCAUUUGUUAUCAAGUUUGGAUCUACUUUAGAAAUAUACUUCAGUGGUUUCUAUAUACAUAACAAUGACUGAAGAUGAAGAGCAUCAUAAAGGCCAUCGUGCUCGACACAGUGGACGUAAAGCCGAAAAGAAGAAAAAGAAAAAAGAUGUUGAAGAUGGAUUGUCAGCAAAACAAAGAAAUCCUAAAGCUUUUGCAAUCCAGUCAGCAGAAAAAGCAGCACGACAAUUUCGCAGGACCAUGGACAUUCAGACUAAGAAACAUCAUAUCCCUCAUGUUGACCGGACACCUCUGGAGCCACCACCAGUUAUUGUGGCUGUUGUUGGACCUCCUAAAGUUGGAAAAUCUACGUUAAUUCAUUGCUUGAUCAAAAAUUACACUCGCCAGGCUAUGUCUUCUCUUAAAGGUCCAGUUACAAUUGUGUCUGGUAAGAAAAGACGACUCACACUCAUCGAAUGCAAUAAUGAUAUCAAUGCCAUGGUUGACACAGCAAAAGUUGCAGAUUUAGUUCUGUUACUAGUGGAUGCCAGCUUCGGAUUUGAGAUGGAGACUUUUGAGUUUCUUAACAUAUGCCAGGUACACGGUUUCCCUCGAAUAAUGGGUGUACUCACACAUUUGGACUUAUUUCGCAACAAAAAAACCUUACAGAAGACCAAGAAACAAAUGAAACAUCGAUUCUGGACAGAAAUUUAUCAAGGUGCUAAACUUUUUUAUCUCUCUGGUAUGAUACGAGGGGAAUACCUGAAGACUGAGAUUCACAAUUUAGGACGAUUUAUCUCUGUUAUGAAGUUUCGACCCUUACAGUGGAGAACAACACAUCCUCAUGUUCUUGUAGAUAGAAUGGAAGACUUGACAGACCCAGAAGAAUGUCGAAAGAACUCAAAGUGUGAUAGAACAGUUUGUCUGUAUGGGUACACAAGAGGUGCUCCAUUAAAAAACCAUUCAGCCAUCCAUAUCCCAGGAUGUGGAGAUUUCUCACUGAAAGAUGUCACUUUUCUAUCAGACCCUUGCCCACUCCCAGACAAGGAAAAGCAUCGUUCACUUAAUGAAAAAGAAAGGCUCGUAUAUGCACCCAUGAGUGGAGUUGGAGGAAUUGUGUAUGAUAAAGAUGCUGUAUAUAUUGAUUUGAAGGGAAGUCAUUCCCACCUUCAGAGGCAAGAGGACACUAAUCAGCCUGAAGAAGAACUUGUGACAUCAUUGAUUCAAACACAACAGACUAUUGAUUCAAAGAUGGCUGCCAGUCAGUUCACUUUAUUUAGUGAGUCGAAGCCAUUAACUGCAGAUGAGUUUUCAAGUGUAGUACUUCCUGUGGAAGAGCCUGUUGAAGAUGUUAAAAUGGGUAGAGUGCGUAGACAAGCAGUGUUUGAUGAUGAUCUUGUUACUUCAGAGGAUAUGUUAAGUACUGAAGAAAAUCAAAACAUAGUUGAAAAUGAUGAUGAUGAAGAAGAAGAUGAUGAUGAAGAAAGUGAUGAUAAUGAAUCUGAAAUUGAAGAUGAGGAAGAGUGUCAAGAAGUUGAAAUGUCUAUGGAACCUAAUAAUAAAAGGCUGAAAACUAAUGAAUCAACAGAAAUAUUAGCAUUUGAUGACAGUGAUGAAGACGAAUGUAAUGAUGAAAGAACAGAUACCAUGACUAUCUCUCCUAACUCAUCUCAACCAUCGAAGAGCUUGAGAAAUAGUAAUGCAGUUAUGGAUAAAGCUGAGGGAAAAGAUAGGGACAGUGGACCUGAUGAUGAUGAAGAAAGGGGACAUAUAAAAUGGAAGGAAAAUCUUGUUCAAAAAGCAGCAUAUUCAUUUUACAAAAGACAACAGGACACAACAAAUCUUCGUAAACUGGUAUAUGGAACUAUUGCAGAAGAUGAAGGAAGUAGCUGUGAUGAAGGUGAAGAGUUAGGUGGUUUGUUUCGAGUUGCUAUUCGUGAGCAAGGAGAAAAAAGAAAUCAGAAGUUUUCCGUUAAUGCUGUUGACUGUUCUAAAUUUACUGUUACUCAUCUUAAUGAUUGGACAGAUCCAGAGGUACAAAAUUCAAUAAAGGAUUGUUUUGUUACUGGAAAGUGGAAACCCUCUGAAGAUGCACAAACUUUGUUAGAAAAUGAUUCCAUCUAUGGUGAUUUUGAAGAUUUGGAAACGGGUGAGGUUACUUGUGAAAAUGUUGAUGGCGAAGUAGAUAAUUCCGAAGAAAUUCCAGAAGAUGAAAACAAAAGCCAGAAACCUACAAGUCUUGAAGAAAAACGGCUGGCAAAAAAGCGAAAACUGAAAGCCUUGUUUAAUACUGAAUAUGAUGAUAACGGUGAAAAAUCUUACUAUGAUGACCUGAAAGAUGAAUUAAGUCAUCAAGCUCAGUUGAAUAAAUCUGAAUUUGAGGCAAUGGAAGAUGAAGUACGCGUACAGUAUGAAGGUUUUCGGCCAGUGUAUGUACGUGUAGAGCUUGAGAACAUGCCAGCAGAGUUUGUUUUGAAUUUUGAUCCAACUUAUCCUACAAUUCUCGGGAGCCUUCUCAAUGGAGAAGAUAGAAUGGGUUAUGUUCAGGCCCGACUCAAGAAGCAUAGGUGGUAUAAGCGUAUUCUCAAAACUAGAGAUCCUCUGAUCAUAUCUCUUGGUUGGAGACGUUUUCAAACCAUCCCACUCUUCUCUGUUGUUGAUCACAAUGGUCGAAACAGACUUUUGAAAUACACUCCACAACACCUUCAUUGUAUGAUGUCGUUCUGGGGUCCAGUGACACCUCAAGGAACUGGUCUUCUAGCAUUACAGUCUGUCAGUGAAGUCAGUGUUGAUUUCCGCAUAGCAGCUACUGGUGUUGUUUUAGACCUAGAUAAGUCUGCACAAAUUGUCAAGAAACUAAAGCUAAUCGGUACACCUUUCAAGAUCUACAAGAAAACUGCUUUCAUAAAGGGAAUGUUCAAUUCUGUUUUGGAAGUCACCAAGUUUGAGGGUGCCUCACUAAGAACAGUAAGUGGGAUAAGAGGACAGAUUAAGAAGGCUAUAAGAGCACCAGAUGGAGCUUUCCGAGCCUCAUUUGAAGAUAAAAUUCUUUUAAGUGAUAUUGUCUUCCUUCGAACGUGGUAUAGUGUCACAGUUCCAAGGUUUUUUACUACAGUGACAUCUCUACUGUUACCACAAGAACAGAAAGAAAAAUGGCAAGGCAUGAAAACUGUGGGAAGGCUUCGUUUUGAGAAAGGACUACAUGCCCCUGUGUCUACAGAUUCUUUAUAUACUGCUGUCCAGAGAAAAAAGCACCACUUCUCAUCUCUUUUUGUCCCACGCGAACUCCAGAAACGGUUACCGUACAAAGAUAAACCCAAAAACAAGGCAAAGAAACAGAAUCCAGGGCUUUCUCGAGUUGCUGUCAUACGAGAGCCUCAGGAAAGAAAGGUUGCAAAUUUGAUGAAAAUUUUGAAAACUGUGCACUCUGAGAAACGUUUUAAAGAAAAGCUCGCCAUGAGAAAUAGAGUAAAAACUCACAAGAAACUCUGUCGACAAGAAGAAAAGAAACGAGACAGAAGAGAGAAAGAAUUAAAGAAACGAAUAUUUCGAGUGUUAAGUAAAAUGGGGAAAAAAAAUGAAAAAAGAGCUGGCUAGUUUGUGAAAAACUAAUGUUUCAAG